CUGUAUAAAUUGCAAUUAUUAUUUUCUGUAACAAAAAUUAAAUUUUUUUCAGAUUUAAAUAACGAUUCGUCAUCUUUAGACUUUAUAAAGCAAACAGAAAAAGGAUCGAAACGAAAAUCAUUACCACCUAUACAAGUUAUACCAUUUGAAAAAAAUUUUAAUAGUAAAAGUACUUCAAUAUUAUUUCCUUUAUUGCAACCAGGCAUAUUUGAAUGGAGAAAAGCCGACCUAAACGAGUCAUCAUGUUCAGAAAUUAGUGAUACAAAAGACACUAAAGAAAUGAAUCAGAAAUUAGCUAAAAAGAAGCAAUACAACAAAAAUAAAUCCACAGAAACCCAACAACCUUUUGAUGUAUUAGGUUUAAAUGCAACAAAAAAUAUAAGUGGAACUAUUUUAGUAGCAAAAACAGGUAGUCAAGAUAAAACACGUCAAGAGAAAACGAGUCAAGUUAAAAUAAACGGAUCUAAACAAGAAGGUUCUAUUACGAAUCAAAAAUCGGAAAAAUCUGUUUUGAAAAUGACUAGUAUGGAUAAGAUUUAUAAAAAAGUAAGUGAUUUAAAAUGUUGUCCAGAUAUGGAAAAGCGAUCGUAUACAGAAUGUAGAAAACCGAAAUUAAUUCAAAGUGAAGAAACAAGUACGUCUAAGUCUAGAAUAUUUAAAGAAUUACCUUUGAUUUUACCAAUAAAGAAAAUUAAUGAUUACGAUUAAAACAUAUUUUGAA